UUGACGCACCCAUGUUCCGCUCCCUCACUUCGUCGCGGAUGUUCCGCCCGCUCACUGCGCUUGCCCUUGUUGCCCUUGUCGCGCCCUUUGUCGUCGUCUCUGCCAAGGAGGUCAAGGUCGACGAUGCCGUGGUGACCGACAAGGUCUUCUUUGACAUCGAGAUCGGCGGCCGCCCGCAGGGCCGUGUCGUGCUCGGCCUCUUCGGCGAGGUCGUGCCCAAGACUGCCGAGAACUUCCGCGCUCUCGCCACCGGCGAGAAGGGCUUUGGCUACGAGGGCGUCACCUUCCACCGUGUCAUCCCGCAGUUCAUGAUCCAGGGCGGCGACUUUACCACCCACGACGGCCGCGGCGGCAAGUCCAUCUACGGUGGCUCGGGCAAGUUUGAGGACGAGAACUUUGACGUCAAGCACACCAAGCCCGGCCUGCUCUCCAUGGCCAACGCCGGCCCCAACACCAACGGCUCGCAGUUCUUCAUCACCACCGUCCCCACCCCCUGGCUCGACGGCCGCCACGUCGUCUUUGGCAAGGUUCUCUCCGGCAUGGAGGUGGUCAAGACCAUCGAGAACACCCCGACGACCGCCACCAAGCCCAACGAGCCCGUCGUUGUCGUCGCUUGCGGCAUCCUCGAGGAGUAAGCUGUGUGUCGCGACGCUGCGCCUCCCAAGCUAGCUACGUUUACCUGCGAUGCCGCGUCCGUCGCACAUACAUCAUCCACGCCAUAAAGUGCUCAAAGAGAA